AUGGGUGGAGGACUAGUAGCAGCAGAUGAUUUCAUAGGUUAUCCUUCAGAGCUACCAAUGGUGUCAGAAUCCUCUCCAGAGGAUGGAUCUGUUUUGGAGGUCAACUGCGAUUUGUCUUUAGAGAAGAAACCUGCAAGAACCCUAGUUCUGGUCGGGCGUUCAGGCAAUGGGAAAAGUGCGACAGGAAAUAGCAUUCUUGGAAGACAAGCUUUCAGGUCAAGAGGGUGUGCGUCAGGGGUAACUACAGCCUGUGAGCUACAGAGUUCGACGUUGCCAAAUGGACAGAUCCUCAAUGUUAUAGAUAGUCCUGGUCUGUUUAGCAUGUCUCCAUCAACCGAGUUUACAUGCAGAGAGAUUGUAAGGUGCUUGUCUCUGUCCAAAGAUGGAAUUGAUGCCGUGCUUGUGGUAUUUUCCUUGAGGAACAGGCUAACAGAAGAGGAGAAAUCUGCUCUUUUCGCGUUAAAGAUCCUUUUUGGAAGCGAGAUUGUAGACUACAUGAUCGUUGUUUUUACAAAUGAAGAUUUCCUUGAGGAUGAAGGUGAUACAUUGGAGGAAUAUCUGGAAGACAGUACUGACUUCAAGGAUAUUCUUGUAGCCUGCAAUGACCGCAAGGUGUUGUUUGGAAACAGACCCAAAGCCCCUGAGAGUCAGAAAGCUAAGCAAGUUCAGGAGAUCCUAAACUAUGUUGAAGAAGUUUCAAGGAAAAAUGGGAAACCGUAUAUGAAUGAUUUAUCUCAUGAGAUACAGGAACACGAGACUGCAUUCCAAGAAAAGCAGAGAGAGGUCUUGGAAAUGAAGAAGGGCGGCUUCACGGAACAAGAUAUGUCUCGAAUGAUUGAAAACAUGAAUAACUCUCGUGAUGCCCAGCUGCUUAAUGAAAUGGUGGAGAGGGUUGAGCGUAAGCUGAAAGAGACAGUAGAGAAGCUAGAGCAGCAACUGAACGAAGAGCGAGCUGCAAGACUUGAACUGGAGAAAAAGGCAAUACAAGUUGAGAAACGUUCAAGUGAUGUUGCUAAAAAGCUUAACAAAGAGCAAGCUGCAAGACUUGAGUCGGAGAAAAAAGCAAACGAAGUCAAGAAACAUACAAACGAUGUCAUUAACAAGCUGAAGAAAGAUCUAUCGAGGGCUGAAAAUAUGACCCGGGCACUUCAAGGAAAGGCUAAACAGUGCAUCAUUAUGUGA